ACCGCGUCAGGCGACCGCGACCGCGAGGUCCGGCCACCGGCCAGCAUAGCGAGCAAGCGAGGCUAGAUGGCUAGGUGGGAUGAAAUUUUGACUCUUCCUGUUCAGAAUCCAACUACGUUAGAGUUUUCAGCAGCAGAUAUCACGUGGUCUAUGGUCGUGGGCUGGAAGGACUCGAUGGACAGGCUUGCACUCAUUCCUUUUACCAGGGUGAAUGACUUUGUCAGAGGAGAGUCAAACAACACAGAAUGUCAAACACGAUUUCAUGUUGAAGCACGCAGAAGGCGUCGUCCAACCAUGAAAUGCAAACCAAAAGUUGAUGGGAUACUCGAGUAUAUUCUGUAUUGGUGCUCUUUUGGUCCAGAUGAUUAUAGAAGUGGUGGUGCUGUCCGUCCUAGCAGGGCCUCUUGUGGAAAGAGAAAGACACCUGCUGGUCGUCCUAAUACAAAAAGGGGAUGUGUUUGCCAUUUUAUUGUGAAGCGUUUGAUUGCUGAACCAUCACUGGCUCUUGUGAUUUAUAACCACAAUAAGCAUGUAGAUAAAAAAGGCUCACCCUGCCAUGGUCCCAUGGACAAGAUGGCUAUAGGGACGAAAGCAAUGUUUGCACCCUACAUAUCUGAUGAAUUACGUCUUGAAGUUAUGUCUUUGCUCUAUGUUGGUAUUCCUGUUGAGACCAUAAUGCAGAGACAUACUGAAAUGGUUGAAAGGCAAGGAGGGCCGUCAAACCGUGAUGAUCUUCUUACUCACAGAUUUGUUAGGAGGCUGGAGAGGAAGAUGCGGCGUUCUUGUUAUGAACUUGAUGACGAUGAUGCUGUUAGUAUUAACAUGUUGGUUGAGAAUCACCAGGACCACAUAUUUUUCUUUGAAGAUUUUACAGACAAGGAUAGCUUUGUCUUGGGCAUUCAGACAGAUUGGCAGCUACAGCAGAUGAUUCAGUAUGGCAACCACAGUUUACUUGCUUCUGAUUCAAAGUUUGGAACAAACAAGUUGAAGUAUCCUGUACAUAGUAUCCUUGUUUUCGACCAGAAGAAAAAUGCGAUUCCUGUUGCUUGGAUCAUAACUCCCAGUUUUUCACAUCAUGAAAUGUAUAGAUGGAUGGGUGCUCUUUAUGACCGGGUUCGCACAAAAGAUCCGACAUGGCAGUUGGGUGGCUUCAUUAUUGAUGAUCCCUUGACAGAUGUGCGCACUAUAAGGGAAGUGUUCCAUUGCCCGGUUUUGAUUACCAUAUGGCGUAUCCGGCAUGCUUGGCAUAAAAAUUUGCUGGACAAGUGUUCAGACUUUGAGAAGCGUUCAAUGAUGGCUAAACGACUUGGGAAUGUAAUAUCCAGUAUCUGCAGAGGAAAUGGUGGUAUGGAAUUAUUUGAAGCCUUCCUGGAAGAUUUUGUUGAUUGCUUUGGUUUUCUGGACUACUUCAAAGCUCUAUGGUUUCCAAGACUUGGGGCAUGGACAACUGUCUUGAAGGGCACCCCGUUGGCUACUGCUGAGGUAGCUUCAGCAAUCGAGAGUUACCAUCACCUGCUAAAAGUCCGGCUGUUGAAUGAGGCAGAUGAAAGCAUCUAUCAGCGUGCAGAUUGGUUGUUUCAUAAGUUGGGUACAAAGGUUCAUUCUUACUACUGGUUGGAUGGAUUUUCUGGGAAGGACACCUUUUCUCGUUACUGUAGGAGUGAGUGGAAAAAUGGCCCAAACCAAUGGCAACAGGGAUUGCAAAUUCCAGAUUCUGAUAUUGUCAUAGAAGAUAAUUGUGCUAGAGUGGUCUGCCAGAAAGAUAAGCAGAGGUCCCAUGCCAUAGUGAACCCAGGUUCUGAGCUUGCUUUGUGUGAUUGUAGCUGGUCAAUGAAGGGAAACCUUUGCAAACAUGUAAUGAAGUCCACUAAGGUUUGCCGCGACAGGGGAUUGGCACCACCAUCCUUGGCUCUACUUCGCUAUUACCAGGCACUGGCAAAUGUUGUUCAUUGCCCACCCAGUGACUCUGUGGUUUGUGACCAUGCAGUUGCUGUGGCAGUUUCUGUUAGAACACAGUUAGAGAUGGUACUUAGCGCCACUAAUGGUUGUUCUCCAAAUACAUUGGCUUUCAAGGACCCCCAACCCACCAGUGGGCCCAUAAUUGAAAACGGUACAUGUGCAAGUCGAUCUCUGGCUGGCUCGGGUGACGGCAAUGAAGUUCCCACCAAUGAAGACAGUGAUCAGGACAUGUAUGUUCGCAAGAAAAGAAAGUCUGGUGGAGUGUCGGAUGAAGAUGAAGCUGCUACAUCUACACAAGUCAUGCAGCUUUCUCAUCACUGUCAGGAUUAUCCUCCUUGCCAGGAAAGAGAAUGCAAAGAAGCUUCUGAUGGUGAUGAAGGAACUGCGGAGCUGCAAGCUUCUGAUGGUGAUGAAGGAACCACAGAGAUGCAAGCUUCUGAUGGUGAUGAAGGAACCGCAGAGAUGCAAGCUUCCGAUGGUGAUGAAGAAACCGCAGCGACACAAAUCGUGCAACCUUCUGGAACUGAAGGAAGCCAAGCAACUCCUGAACUGAAUGAUUCUUCAGAUGAGGUUAGAUCAGCUGAUCGGAUAGGUGGGACAUGACGCCUUAGCACAAAGGAAAUCGGAGGUUUGUACAUGUUAGUCACCGAGAACUAAUCAGAAUGGCAUCAUUGGUAUGCUCUACCAUUGAAUUUAGUAAACUGUCACAUAUGUUAGUUAAAGCUAUGCAAAAGGCAAGCAGAUGUUGAACGAAAGCUGAAAACCUAAUGUGCUUGUAUGGCCACAUCAUCACCUCACCGGCCACCUGACUCCCUGUCACCAACUUAGAACAGCUCUACUUGGGGUCAUACUGCUCGCUCAUUCACAUGACCGACGGAAGCUACUAUGGGUUCAUGAUAUCAAUGUGGCAUAAAUUCCCAGACGGAGAUUGGAUGUCGGAGACCGUGAUGAUCAACAUGGAGGUGGAGCUGCGGGUCACUAGAGACCAUCACACCAACAACGGUCCUGGUUAGCCUGUGCUUAUCGUGUUCAAGUCACGGUUUUGCUGCAAUAGCAAUCAACUCCCUCAGUCUGAGACAAGCAAUUAAGCGUCCACUAUCGUUUGCUUAUAUAUAGUAGUAAUUUUCUUAUGGUUAGGCAUAGACUAGCUAAUUAUCUGAAAGCAAUUCCUGUGAGGCAAGGAAUUGUUCCUCAAACACCACUUACAUGCUCACUCUGGUAUGCUAUUAGCAGAACCAAGUUUGGUAUGCCAUCAGCUAGCAUGUUUGGGCAAGCUGUGUUAUGGAAGAAAGAAAUAGAGGACCUUUAAAACA